ACAUCAACGAAUUUCCAAAGCAACACAUAGCAACCACACACUCAUCAAGAGAACGGAACAGAGAAGGAAAGGGUCCGGGAGAGCGAUGGCGGCUCAGGCAGACACCAUUGAAGUUCCGACGGACGCUGAGUUGCUGCAGGCGCAGGCUGACCUGUGGCGCCACAGCCUCUACUACCUCUCGUCCAUGGGGCUCCGGUGCGCCGUCCAGCUUGGGAUCCCGACCACCAUCCACCGCCUCGGCGGGUUCGCUUCGCUGCCCGACCUGAUGGCUGAGCUGUCCCUUCCAUCAGUAAAGAUGCCGUUUCUCAGCCGGCUCAUGCGCGUGCUCGUCGCGUCGGGGGUCUUCGCAGCCGACAAAGACUCCGAGUCCGGCGGGGAGCUCUACCGCCUCACCCCGCUGUCGCGCAUCCUGGUGGACGGCGUCGACGCGGAUGAGCACCACAGCCAAAAGUAUUUCGUGCUUGGAGUGACCUCGCCGCAUUGCGCGGAGGCUGCGUUGGGGCUGGCCGACUGGUUCAAGAAGGACCUUGAGCCACCAGUGCCGUCUCCUUUCGAGGACUUGCAUGGCGCCCCAAUCUUUGAUGAGAGAACACCCCUCAUGGAUGAAGAGUUUGACGCCGUUGCCAACCAAGGCUUGGCUGCCCACGACAACCUGGGGAUUGCAACCAUACUUCGCGAGUGCGGUGACAUCUUCAAGGGACUUGAGUCUCUGACUGACUGCUGUGGUGGCGAUGGUACGACGGCGAGGGCUCUCGUCAAGGCUUACCCGCACAUCAAGUGCACCGUGCUGGACCUUCCGAAGGUGAUCGACAAAGCCCCAACUGAUGGCGUCGUUUACUAUGUUGCGGGUGACCUGUUCCACACCGUCCCAUCUUCUCAAGCCGUGAUGCUCAAGCUUGUGCUACACUUUUGGAGCGACGAGGAUUGUGUAAAAAUCUUAACCCAGUGCAAGAAGGCCAUUCCUCCACGCGACGAGGGAGGAAAGGUGAUUAUCAUAGACAUCGUGAUUGGACCUUCCUUAGGACCAAUAAUGUUUGAAGCCCAACUCUUGAUGGAUAUGCUCAUGAUGGUGAACACAAGAGGAGCCCAACGGAGUGAAAAUGACUGGCGCAAGCUAUUCGUGGAAGCAGGGUUCAAAGACUAUAAAAUUGUGAAGAAGCUGGGGGCUCGAUGCGUUAUCGAGGUCUACCCCUAAGAUGUUGCGCUCUAAGGAUAUGAAUAAAAGUGGUGCUUGUUUUUCUAAAUGAUAGCUUCAUGGUUCUUAUAAAGUAGCUCAAGUGUUUGAAUCAGAUGCCUUAAGAUCAAUGUAAAGUUCAUUUAGAGAAGUACUAAAGCGCGCUCUCUCUCUCUCUCUCUC